AUGGAGCCGGAGUAUGCCUCAGCUGCUGGGGCAUCCGGGCACGCUCAGCCUUCUUCACCUUUGCGGGACCAUAGUCGGCAUAACCUUCAUACAUCAAGCCCACUGCGGAGUCCCAUAUGGUCACCCAAGUCGCGUGUGACGUAUAGCGAUCGGUUUAUUCCGUCUCGGGCUGCGGCAGCCAGGCUUGAUUACAGUAUUCUCGACCGCGAAAUGGCCACUUCUGACGACUUAAAUCCAGCCUACAACUUGCUCCUCCGGUCAGAGCUUUUGGGUUCAUCCUGUCCUGGUCCUAUAUCGCCCGACAAGGUGCGUGAUCCCGGUUGGCUUCGCGCUCCCGCCAGCCCAGGGAAAAGCCUCUUCCGCUUUAAAACGGGAGACGUCCACAGCCCGCAUGGUGGUCCGGCUGCUCAGAGCCCAUUCGUCGUGUCUCCAGUCGGAGACGACACAGCUGCGGGGUCGCCCUUCGCCAGCCCCCGGCGCGCACAGCGAAAGAUCGCACGGGCCCCCUUUAAGGUUCUGGAUGCGCCCUCUCUGGCAGACGACUUCUACCUGAACCUCGUGGAUUGGUCCUCACAAAACGUGCUGGCCGUGGGUCUCGGUACUUGCGUAUACCUCUGGUCGGCAAUGAGCAGCACGGUGACCAAGCUCUGUGACCUGGCGCCGCACGACACGGUGUGCAGCGUGGAGUGGAGCAGACGUGGAACCUUCCUCUCCGUGGGCACCAACAGCGGCAAGGUGCAGAUCUGGGACGUGGCCAAGCUUAAGCUGGUGCGCACGCUCGAGGGCCAUCGCGCGCGCGUUGGGACGCAGGCCUGGGGCUCGCACGUGUUGUGCAGCGGCAGCCGCGAUCGCCACAUCCUCCAACGCGACAUCCGCUGCCCAGAGCACUUCACCGCCAAGCUGGUGGGGCACCGGUCCGAGGUGUGCGGCCUCAAGUGGUCCCCGGAUGACCGGCAGCUGGCCAGCGGCGGCAACGACAACCAGCUGUACAUCUGGUCUUUGCCGUCGUCGUCACCUGUGUACAAAUUCGCGGACCACACCGCCGCCGUGAAGGCCAUCGCCUGGUCCCCACACCAGCACAGCUUGCUAGCAAGCGGCGGGGGGACGGCGGACCGCUGCAUCCGGUUCUGGAACACCGCCACCGGAAUGCCACUCAACUGCAUCGACACGGGCAGCCAGGUUUGCAACAUUUCCUGGUCCAAGAACGCCAAUGAGAUCGUGUCCACCCACGGCUACAGCCAGAACCAAGUCAUCAUCUGGAAGUACCCCUCUAUGGCGAAGCUGGCGACACUCACAGGCCACACACUGCGAGUGCUGUACCUGGCCGUGUCGCCUGACGGGCAAACUAUCGUCACGGGCGCCGGCGACGAGACGCUCCGUUUCUGGUCCGUUUUUCCUUCGGCCAAAUCCUCUGGGCCCGACACAACGGUUGCCAGUAUGAGCCGUACGACGAUCCGUUAA